GCAGCUGUCCCUAGCAUACCAGGCGUGUCAUCAGUCCAGAGAUUUGAGAAUUAAGAGGAGCUAGGCACUGCAGAGCCACUCUCACAGCUUUCCUUUGGUUGGUUGACUUACGGUCCUUCCUUUAAAGCCUUCUGUAAAAUUAUUCUCCAAAUCCAACUUGUUUUGGGCCGGGGGCCCCCAGUAUGGCGGACCAGUACAAUACCAACGAGGUAAAAAUCCUGAAAGACAGUCACACCAAAGAGAUCGACUUGAUCAACAGGGACCCCAAGCAGAUCAAUGAAGAUGUUGUGAAGGUUGAUUUUGAGGAUGUGAUAGCCGAACCAGAUGGCACCCACAGUAUGGAUGGAGUCUGGAAGGCCAGCUUCACCACCUUCACCGUCUCCAAGUACUGGUGCUAUCGCAUACUAUCAGCUGUCUUCGGCAUCCCAGUGGCGCUGCUGUGGGGCUUUUGUUUCGCCUGCAUUUCCUUCUGCCACAUUUGGGCUGUCAUGCCCUGCAUCAAGAGCUGUCUGAUCGAGACCCAAUGCCUGAGCCGAAUUUACUCUCUCUGCAUCCACACCUUCUGCGAUCCCUUGUUCGAAGCACUAGGGAAGAUAUUCAGCAGCGUUCGGGUGGUGUUACGCAAAGAGGUUUAGAUUUAUCAGAGCGAUGUCAAUGUUUACUUGUUUUGCCCUUGGUGGAAAAUGCUUUAUUUUACAAAGAUUUAAUUGUGGUUCAGGCGGUUAGGUUUUCAAGUCCAUUUAAACAGCUAGAAGGACUCUGGGGAAAGAUGAGUUAUUAUGAAAUGUAUACUGCCCCCUGUCGAUAUGCAUGGUCAAACUACAAUAGUUUUUCUCAGUAUGUACUGGACUUUGGGAGCAAUUGAGGAGUAGUUCAGAGAAAUGCAGGUGAUGAAAUGACAUUCUCACUGCAAAUGUCUUAUUAUCAUAAAUCAUAGGGAUUCUCUCUGUUGUCAGAUUUUAAAAAGGAAUGUUUCAUGUGUGAUAUUUUUAUCAUGGCAAUAUGUUUUGUCAAAUAUAUUGUGUACAACUGCUAAUUAAACAGGAUUUUAAACAUGAA